ACAAAAAUAAUUUUUUUUAUACAUAAAAUUAGUAUUCUUACAUAUUUAUUUGAGUGGAGUAAUUUUUUAACAUUUUAUUUUUCUAACAUUUUUGAACUAUUUCCACUUUUAUCUAACUCUUUCUAGUUUAUUCUAAAAUCUAAUUUUAGAAUUCCUAAGAAAAGAGUCUAGAAUGUUACUGUUUAUAUUGGGCCAGUCCGCUUUAGAAGGCGUAAAAAUAAGCCCAAAGGAAAAACGGAACCGCGGACCGCCAGCCGUCGGCGAUAUGGAAGACAUGGUGCGGGAGAACGACGGCGUGACGGCGGGGGAUCCGGCGGCCGUGCAAGAAAUGACGACCGUCUCCGUCCACCACUUCGGAAACCCAGUCGAAGCCGAAGAUGGGUUCUCCGUCACUAUUAUUGAGAACAUGAAAGAAGAGUACGGUCUGUUUGUGUGGCCCUGCAGUGUUAUUCUGGCGGAGUACGUUUGGCAACAAAGAUCUCGCUUUUCCGGCGCCGCCGUGGUGGAGUUGGGUGCAGGAACAUCGUUGCCUGGAUUAGUUGCUGCAAAAGUUGGGGCAGAUGUCACCCUAACAGACGAUUCAAGCAGGCCUGAGGUCAUAGCUAAUAUGAGAAGGCAAUGUGGCAUAAAUAAUCUUGAAUGCAAGGUGAUGGGUCUUACAUGGGGACUGUGGGACUCAAAUGUCUUUGAUCUACACCCAGAUAUCAUCCUUGGAGCUGAUGUUCUGUAUGACUCAAAUGCUUUCGACGAUCUCUUUGCGACUGUGACAUUUUUGCUUGAGAGUUCUCCCUCGUCUGUUUUUAUCACUUCCUAUCACAACAGAAGUGGGCAUCACCUGAUUGAGUUCUUGAUGGUGAAGUGGGGACUGAAGUGUGUGAAGCUUCUUGAUGGAUUCUCAUUCAUGCCACCACACAAAGCCUCUGGUUUGAGUGGUGAUAUCCAAUUAGUUGAGAUUGCUUUGGCCUCAAACCACACAACAGAAUCGUAGAAUGCUGUCUAUAUGGAGUCUACUCAACACCCACCCUUUUUUUCUUUGAUUCCCAAGUCAAAAGAUUCAUCUUUAUUUCAUCAACAUUUGGCUUAGUACAUGUUUGGCAUUGAAGUGAUUGAUUUCUUCUAAGUUCCAUUGCUAUCUAUCUCUCCAUUUGUUUUCUCAUGUUCGCGUGUUGAUUUUACAAUGUC